UACUUCCGGCUAAGCUCGGCCUCCGCGUAAGGUUUUUCGAGUUUACCAGUAUCAUCGCGUAGUGCUUCUGUUAUCCCACGUCAUCCGUCACUUCCCCGAGCAAUAAUUGCAAUUUGCAGUCGUCUAACUACGAGGGAUAUAUUUUGUUUGUCGUAUGUCCAUCCAGAAUCUCAACACAUUCGACCCCUUUGCAGAUGCAAUCAAGGGUUCCGACGAUGAUGUCCAAGACGGACUCGUGCACAUAAGGAUCCAACAGCGGAAUGGUCGUAAGACCUUAACCACGGUACAGGGGCUCUCGUCUGAAUAUGACUUGAAGAAAAUUGUACGAACAUGUAAAAAGGAGUUUGCAUGCAAUGGGACAGUAAUCGACCACCCGGAGUACGGGGAGGUGCUGCAGCUGCAGGGGGACCAGCGAGAGAAUAUAUGCCAGUGGUUAACCAAGUCGGGUCUGGCAAAGCCUGACCAGCUGAAGGUCCACGGUUUCUAAUCAACAAACACCACCACUCAUGCCACUUCCUAAGGCAACUCCACUGUCACCGACACCCCGCCAUCUGAAAUUAUCUGCACCAGUCACUACUACUCGUCGACACUUCGUGGGACACCCCAUUAUAUAUGCAUAUAUAUUUCAAUAAAAAAGAAAAAGGGAAAAAAGAAACAGGAUAUAUAUUACAGUACCGCGUAGGCACAAUAUUCUAAUCGGACGUUUUUUGUAAGACCGUACAGGAAGAGCAAUACUUUGCAGCCUUAUGUUAGGCGAUCCACAGAACGCUGUCAAGCCCGAGGCAAUAGUCGAUGGUAGUGGUCUGAGAGAGUGGCAGGUUAACGAGAGAUAGAAGCGAUACAAGCAAGUAACAGCAGAUGGCUCCCUUCGGAAGCAGAUAAUAUGUAUCUGGGAGCGAUAGAUGUAUUCAGAGAGGACGAACUAGCAACCUCCUAGGUCUCCGAGUGGUUUCGCACUGUAACUAUCCGAAUGCUUUCUCUCUCUUUUAACCCAAGUAUACAGUAGGAACAACAAACUUUGGUUUGAGCUCUGCUAUGUCAGUUUGUCUGGCUUCCUUCUUCUUUUAUUUUUUUUUAAAUCCGAUUUAUCUCCGUGCUCUUUUCUCCCUUUAUCAACUUUUGUGCCUUUGAUUCCACAGACACAGCACACAUAACACACACACGCCAAUUGUAUUAUUUAUUAAAAGUGUAACGUUUUAAUGUACUGGCGCUCGAUGGGGGGGGAGGGAAGAGGAACUUUUCGUUAUUUCUCUCCUUAACGCAGUAUUGAGACAAUUGAAUUAUUUGCAAUUGAAAAAUGUGACUGUUCUAGAUAAAUAAACGGUGAUCCGACAGUU